UCCGAUCAACCGAAUUCUCUCUCUUAUUUACACUUUCCCACAUCUCUCUCUAACUUUAGCAUCGGAGGAGGUCCCAGGUUACCCCUGAGGACCUUUCUUGUAGGAUCUCGGAGGUCGCCUCUCAUCUAUCGAAGCCGCCAGGGGUCGUAGAGUCUCACUCAAUCGCCUGGUACGAUCCAGGUAUAAACAGAAACCUAAUUGGGGUGUAAAUGGGUAAAUUGGAUUUGGCAGGAGGACUGUUAUUCUUGGGUGUAAAAUUUGCGGAAGCUAAAGAAGAAGACAAGACAAGAUUUACGUGAUUUUCCCGAUAUCGGGACUAGCCCACGGGAGAGCUCAACUCUCAGGCUGAAUUCUUAUUGAUCAAUUCUUGAUUUAGGCUCUCGACCUUACAACACCUUUUAUAUCCUUACAUCUAUAAUCUAGGAUAAAACAAGUAAGGAAUGCUAGCCUAUGUCGGACGAGCCCAUGAUGGGCUUAGUGGAGAUGGGAUGCUGGCCUAUGUACGCCAAUACUCCUCCGCAAGCUGGAGUGCGAAGAUUGCGAACCUGCAGCUUGGGCAAAAGGAAGUGAAAACGCUCGACACCCAAACCUUUAGUAAACAUGUCAGCAACCUGCAGAUGGGAACUGAUCUUGAUGGGCUAAAUAUCACCAGGCUGAACGUGUUCAUGGACAAAGUAGCAGUACUUCUCGACGUGUUUGGUGCGCUCUGAAACACCGGAUUAGCAGCAAUGUGGAGGGUUGCUUGAUUAUAACAAUGAAGAGGAGUGGGGCCGUGUAAAGACACACCGAGCUCCUGCAGAAGCCACCACAACCAAAGCACUUCACUAACCGUGCUCGCCAUGACAUGAUACUCAGUUUCGAUAGAGGAUCGAGCUACCACCUACUGUUUCUUGGUUCGCCAAGAAAUAGGCACACCACCAGAGUAAUGACAAAGUCUGUAGUAAGACCGCGAGUAUACUGACAACCUCCCCAAUCAGUAUCACAAUAGGCGACAAGAUCAAGUGUGCUAGUCGCAGGGAAAAACAAUCCUUGUCCGGGAGCAACCUUUAAAUAACGAAGAAUCCUAUUACCGGCAUCCAUGUGAGCCUAAGUGGGAGCAUGCAUAAACUGGCUAAGAAUAUUAACCGCAUACGUGAUGUUAGGGCGAGUCAUAGUCAGAUAAAGUAAACGACCAACCGACCAGUGAUACACUGCAGGAUCGACAUGAUCGGUAGGUGUAGGCUGGGUAAGCUAGUGAUUUUGCUCAACCGGAAAGGCACUGGGGCGACUAGCCAUGAUGCAGAAUCGUGGAGAAUAUCAAGAGUGUACUUUCUCUGACUGAGAACCAUGCCUUCCGGUGACUGGGCCACCUCGAUGCCCAAGGAAUAUCUCAAAUCUCCCAAAUACUUGAUAGUGAUGCGAGAAUGAAGGAAUUUCUUGACACGAGUGAUGAAAGCGAGAUCAUUCCCGGCCAGCACAACAUCAUCGACGUAAAUGAGAGCAACCUGAUGAGUACUCCCCCGGUGAAUAACAAACAUAGAGUCAUCGACAGGUGAUGGACGAAACUACAAUUCACAAAUAGCAUUAGUGAAUUUGUGAUACCAGUUCCUCGAAGCCUGCUUAAGCCCAUAAAUAGAUUUAUUAAAACGACAAACACAAGUAUCUCUAGGUGCAGCGAAGCCUUCGGGGAUCCGCAUAAAAACUUCUUCAUCUAAAUCACCAUGGAGAAAUGUGUUAUUUACAUCCAGUUGAUGAAUGUACCACCCUUGCUAACGGCAACAGCGAGAAGGCGCCGAAGAGUAACCAGCUUAGCAACUGGCGCAAAAAUAUCGUGAAAAUCCACCCCUUCUAUGUGCGUGUAACCCUUGGCCACCAACCUUGCCUUGUAUCGCUCUACAGUACCAUCAGGAUUAAACUUAAUUUUGUAAACCCACUUCGAGCCAAUAACACGUUUGUUGGGUGGUUAUACCACAAGACUCCACGUGCCAUUUUCUUUGAGAGCCAACACCUCGACUACCAUGGGACGUCGCCAACACUCAUGCAAGAAGGCCUCACGAAAUGUGCGAAGUUCUGGGUUUUGCACUACUGCUGCAAGGAAGGCACAAUAAGAUGCAGAAAACUUGUCAUAAGAGAGAUGGUUAGAAAUAGGAUAACGAACUGAAUGAGCUUCAUGACCUGUAUAAUAAUCAUCAAGUCGCUUGGGGGGAACACGAGUCCUAUCACCCGGACGCAGCUGCGGAGGAGGAGAAGGGGGACUUGGGCUGACUUCAUUUGGAGAGGCGGUGGUAUCAGUAGGAGAAUUAGUGGCGGGAGACUCCGUUUCUUCUAAAGGUCCGCUCGAGUGGAGAGGUGAGGAUGGGCCGACUGGUGUAACAGAACCACCUGAUAUGUAAGGCAGGGAGGAAGGCCGAACGGGCCCAGGAGAAGGGGACCCAGGAGUGGGCUCAGCAGCACGACAACACCACUCAUCUGCAAAGGCAGUUCAGGAGCUGGGUCAGCCAGAACAAAUUCAUCCUCUAAAUCAGUAGCUGGUCGAGAAAAUUCAUUGUGGGGAACCCAAUAGAGUUGCUGUGAGGUGUAGGAGUGAAAAGGAGAAAUCGAUUCAUGAAAUAUCACAUCACGACUGGUGAUAAUUUUCUUGCUCACCAAAUCAUAAACACGAUAACCUCUCUGUAGGAAGGUUGAAUACAUGAUAGUAUGAGUA